AUGGCUUCUUGGUCUGCAGAAAAUGCCAUCAAAGCCUAUCUCAGCACUUUGAAAAUGGAUCAAAAGGCUAAAGAACCAUCUGUAGCUGAAUUUAUAUCAGCAUUAGCAGCAGGAAACAAUGCACAGUUAAUGGUUGUUGCUUGUGCUGCUGCAGCUGAUUCAACUACACUUGCACUAAUUGCUGCUGCUAAUCAAACUAAUGGAAAUGUUGUUUGCGUUGUUCCCAACCAUAAAGAUCUAAUUGCAUCCAAGAAUUUGCUAGGAGGAGCUGCUAAUCCAGUUGAGUUCAUGAUUGGAAAAGAAGCACAGGAAUUAGAGGUAUUACACAAAGCUGAUUUUGUGGUAAUUGAUUGUAAUCUUGCUAACCAUGAAGAGAUUGUGAAAUUACUACAAAUUGGCCUUGAUAGUAAUAAGAAAAAGGGUGUAGUUGUUGUUGGUUAUAAUGCAUUUAGAUGUAAAGGGUCAUGGAGAUCUUGUGGAUCCAAAACUCAAUUGCUUCCAAUUGGAGAAGGGUUGUUGGUGACAAGAUUUGGAGAAAACACUUCUAUUAAUCAUAAAUAUGGAUCUCGAAUGAGGAAGAGUGUUCGAAGUCGGUGGAUUGUGAAGGUUGAUAAAUGUACCGGUGAAGAACAUGUUUAUAGAGUCAGACCUUCACAGAGAGUGAUUUAG